UACCAAAGGCAACCUCAGUAUUCAUAUGCAGUCCGACAAGCACCUGAACAAUGUUCAGAAUCUCCAAAAUGGCAACGGGGAGCCCGUGUUUGGCCCCUCUGCCCCAGCCCCCAACACCAGCCUCAGCAGCUGUGGAACACCCUCACCGUCCAAGCCCAAGCAGAAGCCCACCUGGCGGUGUGAGGUUUGUGAUUACGAAACCAACGUCGCGAGGAACCUCCGAAUUCACAUGACCAGCGAAAAGCACAUGCAUAAUAUGAUGCUUUUGCAGCAGAACAUGAAGCAGAUCCAGCAUAACCUGCACUUGGGCCUCGCCCCGGCCGAGGCAGAGCUUUAUCAGUACUACCUAGCCCAGAACAUAGGCCUGACCGGAAUGAAGCUGGAAAACCCCGCCGACCCACAGCUAAUGAUCCAUCCAUUCCAGCUGGACCCCACUACAGCGGCCGCUCUGGCACCAGGACUUGUAAAUAAUGAGCUGCCGCCUGAAAUCCGGCUUGCCAGUGGUCAGCUAAUGGGUGAUGACCUGUCCCUCCUUACUGCAGGAGAGCUGUCACCUUAUAUCAGUGACCCUGCGCUGAAGCUAUUCCAGUGUGCUGUUUGCAACAAAUUCACCUCUGACAGCCUGGAGGCCCUAAGUGUGCAUGUGAACAGUGAGCGCUCUCUCCCUGAAGAGGAAUGGAGGGCUGUAAUUGGAGAUAUCUACCAGUGCAAGCUCUGUAACUACAACACUCAGCUCAAAGCCAACUUCCAACUCCACUGCAAGACUGAUAAACAUAUGCAGAAAUACCAGCUGGUGGCUCACAUUAAAGAAGGGGGCAAAAGCAAUGAGUGGAGGCUGAAGUGUAUUGCCAUUGGCAACCCUGUUCACCUGAAAUGUAACGCCUGUGACUACUACACCAACAGUGUGGAUAAAUUACGCUUGCAUACCACCAAUCACAGGCACGAGGCGGCCCUGAAGCUCUACAAGCACUUGCAGAAGCAAGAGGGUGCAGUGAAUCCCGAUUCCUGCUAUUACUACUGUGCUGUGUGCGAUUAUUCCACCAAGGUCAAGUUGAACCUGGUACAGCAUGUCCGUUCUGUGAAACACCAGCAGACCGAGGGCCUGCGUAAGCUCCAAUUGCACCAGCAAGGCCUGGCACCAGAGGAGGACAACCUCAGUGAGAUCUUUUUUGUUAAAGACUGCCCACCAAAUGAGCUUGAAACUGCCUCUUUGGGAGCCAGGACCUGUGAGGAUGAUCUUACAGAGCAGCAGUUGAGAGCAACCUCAGAAGAACAAAGUGAGGCAGAAGGCACUAUUAAACCCACAGCAGUGGCUGAGGGUGAUGAGAAAGACACAAGGGAGAGAGACAGGAGUGAAGGCAAAAACCCUAAUGAAGACUCUGGAAUAAUCACACCAGAAAAGGAACUAAAAGUCAGUGUGGGAGGGGGGACCCAGCCACUCCUGCUGGCAAAGGAAGAGGAUAUUGCAACAAAAAGAUCAAAGCCGACAGAGGACAGUAAAUUCUGUCAUGAACAGUUCUAUCAGUGUCCUUAUUGUAACUACAACAGUAGAGACCAAAGUCGCAUCCAGAUGCAUGUCCUAUCCCAGCACUCAGUGCAGCCGGUCAUUUGCUGUCCCCUCUGCCAGGACAUCCUCAGCAACAAAAUGCACCUCCAGCUGCAUCUGACACAUCUGCACAGUGUGUCUCCAGACUGUGUAGAGAAGCUGCUCAUGACAGUUCCUGCCCCUGAUGUGAUGGUGCCAAACAGCUUGCUACUGCCAGCAGCCUCCUCUGAGAAAUCGGAGCGGGACACUCCUGCAGCCAUCACAGCUGAGGGAUCUGGGAAGUAUUCAGGUGAAAGUCUAGUGGAUGACAAAAGCAUGGCAGGUCUUGAUGAUUCAAAGGCUAGUGUGGAAAUAAAGAGUGAGGAGCAGAAACCAGCUAAGGAAACCAUUGAGGUGUCAGAAUGGCAUAAAAACAGCAGUAAGGAUAUGAAAAUCCCUGACACACUGCAAGAUCAAUUGAGUGAACAGCAAAAGAGGCAGCCACUCUCUGUUUCGGACCGCCACGUUUAUAAGUAUCGCUGUAACCAUUGUAGCUUGGCUUUUAAGACUAUGCAGAAGCUUCAGAUACAUUCCCAGUAUCAUGCGAUUCGGGCGGCAACGAUGUGUAAUCUCUGCCAGCGUAGUUUUCGUACAUUCCAGGCUUUAAAAAAACACUUGGAAGCAGGCCACCCUGAACUGAGUGAAGCUGAACUUCAACAGUUGUAUGCCUCCUUGCCUGUGAAUGGUGAACUCUGGGCCGAGAGUGAAACUAUGGCUCAGGACGACCAUGCCCUGGAGCAGGAACUGGAGAGAGAGUACGAGGUGGACCACGAAGGGAAGGCAAGUCCUGUAGGAAGUGAUAGCAGCUCUAUUCCAGAUGACAUGGGCUCUGAACCAAAGCGGACCUUACCUUUUAGAAAAGGGCCAAAUUUUACAAUGGAAAAAUUCCUUGAUCCAUCUCGCCCGUAUAAAUGUACAGUGUGUAAAGAGUCAUUCACCCAAAAGAACAUUCUCUUGGUCCAUUAUAAUUCGGUUUCUCAUCUGCAUAAGUUGAAAAAGGUCUUGCAGGAAGCCUCCAGUCCUGUUCCCCAAGAAACCAACAGCAGCGCAGAUAACAAGCCCUACAAGUGCAGCAUCUGCAAUGUUGCGUACAGCCAAAGCUCUACCUUGGAAAUCCACAUGCGGUCUGUGCUCCACCAGACAAAGGCGAGGGCCGCAAAACUGGAGCCAAGUGGUCACGUGACCAGUGGGCACAGCAUUGCAGCUGUUAAUAGUCCCAGCCAAGGGAUGUUAGAUUCCAUGAGUUUAACAGCGGUAAGCAGCAAGGAAACCCACUUAGAUGCCAAAGAACUAAAUAAAAAGCAAACUCCGGAAUUAAUCUCUGCUCAAGCUUCUCAUCACCCACUGCAGUCACCAGCACAAAUUCAGAUGCAACUACAGCACGAGUUACAACAACAAGCUGCAUUCUUUCAGCCUCAGUUUCUAAACCCGGCCUUUUUGCCUCACUUUCCUAUGACCCCGGAAGCACUGCUGCAGUUUCAGCAGCCUCAGUUUCUCUUUCCAUUCUACAUACCUGGGACAGAGUUCAGCCUGGGGCCAGACUUGGGCUUGCCAGGCUCUGCCACAUUCGGUAUGCCCGGCAUGACAGGAAUGGCGGGAUCUUUGUUUGAAGACUUGAAGCAGCAGAUUCAAACCCAACAUCACGUUGGCCAGACCCAACUGCAGAUACUCCAGCAGCAAGCGCAACAGUUUCAGGCCACACAGCCCCAGCUGCAGUCUCAAAAACAGCAGCAGGUGCAGGUGAGCAAGGCAUCGAAACAGGAGCAGACUAGCAAUGCCACCACAGACUGCCCGGUCGUAAAGGAUGUGCCCCCAUACAAGGAGGCAGAAGAGAUGGCUGAAAAGCAAGAAAAGCCAAAGCAAGAAUUUUUAAGUGAAGGUGAAGGGCUCAAAGAAGGUAAGGACACAAAGAAGCAGAAAUCUUUGGAACCAUCCAUCCUGCCACCCCGAAUAGCUUCUGGGGCGAGAGGAAAUGCAGCCAAAGCAUUACUGGAAAACUUUGGUUUUGAACUGGUCAUUCAGUAUAAUGAGAACAGGCAGAAGGUUCAGAAGAAGGGCAAAAUCGGUGAAGGGGAAAAUACUGAUAAACUGGAAUGUGGAACAUGUGGAAAAUUGUUCUCCAAUGUUCUCAUUUUGAAGAGUCACCAAGAACAUGUACACGGGCAGUUUUUUCCAUAUGGUGCCCUAGAAAAGUUUGCUCGUCAAUACAGGGAGGCCUAUGACAGGCUCUAUCCCAUCUCUCCAUCCUCGCCAGAGACGCCACCUCCACCGCCUCCUCCUCCACCGCUGCCUGCAGCCCCUCCACAGCCAGCCUCCUUGGGCCCCGUCAAAGUGCCUAGCACAGGGCCUACUCCCCUCCAGGCUCCGCCGCCCACUCCGCCCCCGCCCCCACCUCCACCCCCACCCCCGCCCCCACCGCCACCCCCUUCUGCUCCGGCACAAGUCCAGCUGCCUGUUUCCCUAGACCUGCCACUCUUUCCUUCCAUUAUGAUGCAGCCCGUACAACACCCGGCGCUUCCCCCUCAGCUCGCUCUGCAGCUGCCCCAGAUGGACGCUCUCUCGGCAGACCUCACUCAGCUCUGCCAGCAGCAGCUCGGAUUAGAUCCCAACUUCUUGAGACAUUCUCAGUUCAAACGCCCACGGACAAGAAUUACAGACGACCAGCUGAAAAUCCUGAGGGCUUACUUUGACAUCAAUAAUUCUCCGAGUGAAGAACAGGUCCAAGAAAUGGCAGAGAAAUCUGGCCUCUCUCAAAAAGUCAUCAAGCACUGGUUUCGAAAUACGCUUUUUAAGGAGCGACAGAGAAAUAAGGAUUCACCAUACAACUUCAGCAAUCCUCCCAUAACUGUUUUGGAAGACAUCAGAAUUGAUCCACAGCCGUCCUCUUUAGAACAUUACAAAUCUGACGCAUCAUUCAGUAAAAGGUCUUCUAGAACAAGGUUUACCGACUACCAGCUUAGGGUCCUACAAGACUUUUUUGACACAAAUGCUUACCCGAAAGAUGAUGAAAUAGAACAACUUUCCACUGUUCUCAAUUUACCUACCCGCGUUAUUGUUGUAUGGUUCCAGAAUGCACGACAGAAGGCACGGAAGAGUUAUGAGAAUCAAGCAGAAACGAAAGACAAUGAAAAAAGAGAACUCACUAAUGAACGGUAUAUUAGAACAAGCAACAUGCAGUACCAGUGUAAAAAGUGCAAUGUGGUUUUCCCCAGAAUCUUUGACUUGAUCACACAUCAGAAAAAGCAGUGUUAUAAGGAUGAAGAUGAUGAUGCGCAAGACGAAAGCCAAACCGAGGACUCCAUGGAUGCUGCCGACCAAGUCGUGUAUAGGCAUUGCACAGCGUCUGGUCAAACGGAUGCAGCCAGAAACGCUGUCGUCCCUGCAGCAAGCUGUGGCUCUGGGACUAGCACCCCUC